GCUUGUGACUAGUCAAAAAGAGAGAGAGCAGAAGAGACAGGCCUUCCAGUUAGCUGAUCUACCAAUGAUGGCUACAAGGCAUUGCCUCUCUGAGACUGAAAGUGAAGAUGUAUACACUAUGAGGUCUGAUCCAAGAGGUCACUGCAUUAUAGUGAACAAUGUCCACUUUUGGGCCGGCCAGCAUCCACCCUCAUCCAGUGACAGCCCUCCUGAUCCUCAUGUCCCUCCAGACAGGACCGGGAGCAACAUUGAUGCUCUCAAGUUACAGGAGUUAUUCAGCGGCUGCUUGAAAUUUGCCGUGACUAGGAGAGAUGACGUAACUCGAGAUCAGCUCAACGAGACGAUUGUUGAGUAUCAGGAGAUGGAUCACUCGAAUCAUGAUGCUUUAUUCUUCAUUAUACUGAGUCACGGUGAUAGAGGCGAUAUUAUAUACACGUCUGACGACAUUUCGAUCAAGAUCAACAACAUUGUCAAGUGUUUCUCUGCAAGCAAGUGCCCAACUCUUAGCAACAAGCCAAAAGUCUUUAUCAUUCAAGCGUGUCGCGGGUCGGAAUGCAACAGCUUGGUGACGCUAAGCAAAGAGCCUUUUGAACCACAAGCCUUAACAUCGGAAACAGCAUAUCAUGAUAGUGGGUAUUCUUCUGCUUCAAUGACUGGACCAGUACUGAUAAAUGUACCGGAUGAAGCAGACACUCUCUGUGCUUAUGCUACCAUUGAUGACCACACUGCUUUGAGAGAUCGAAAGAAUGGGAGCUGGUUCGUACAAGAGCUUGUUAAUGUCAUCAGAGAUCACGCUCACAAUAAACACCUCCUGGACUUGCUCACUAUGGUUAAUAACAAGCUCUCGUCCCAGCACAGCAUCGGUAACGAAGUCCAGGUAUCCCAGAUAAAGAGUAGCCUCAGAAAGAUGUUGUAUUUUCAUCCUCGCCCUCCUCUCCUUCAUACUCAGUCCGACAUUGACGUAAUGAGAGAGCAACAGUUAUUAUCAAGUUAUCAUACACGUGUCUCAGUGCCUGCUUUGAUGCCAGAGCAUUCGCCGCAUCAUUUGCAACACUAUCAUCGUAAUCAGCAAUACAUUAAUGCCAGUAGAGGUACACAGCAGCUAAUAGCUCUCCAUCAUCAGCCACAUGUAUCUACUACUCCUCAUUUUCAUGAAGGCAAGUCUGAAGUCCGACGCCCAAAAAGAGAAGAAUCAACUGCUUCAUUUGUCUCUGUGUCUAGUGAGCAAGGAUUGCUAAUGAAUGAUGUCAGUUCACUUCCAAAUAGCAGAGAACCUUCACCACCACUCAUACCAACUAUUAGCAAUCAGCAAUCAUUGCCUUUACUACCAAAUGCACAUUCUCCUAUUCCUUCUCCUAUUCCUGGAUCACCAAGUGGUCAGGAUCUACCGUUAUCCACUGGGCCGUUGUACAGUAGACCGGUAACACCUGACAGUCAGGAUAUUGGACAGGACGCAAUGUUUGUCACUAAUAGCUGCUACUCUUUUAGGAGACCUUCGUCAAAUUCCGUUACAAGUCAUUUCAGUGUUAAAGCCGUACAAACAACCUACCACAUGUGUGAAGAUCCCAUGCUACCAGAAGGAUACUGUAUUAUCAUUAAUAAUAACACUGAGUACUACCACGAUGAGAAAAUGGACGAAAUAACAGAAGUAUUCUCAGACCAGCUUGGAUUUCACGUCCAAGUAUAUAACUCUCUAACUCGUAAAGGGAUAAAGCAUCUUUUGGAAACGGUAGCCAAGAUAGAUCACUGCGACCUCUACUGUCUAGCGGUCAUUAUUCUUAGCAAGGGAGGGAAGGAGAGAGCUGUUUAUGGAACCGAUGGAAAGAAAUUACAAGUGAAUGACCUGGUGAUGCUUUUCUCCCGCGACGCCUGCCAUUCACUGGAGAUGAAGCCUAAGCUGUUCUUUAUUGAGACCCAGUUGACUGAACCUAACAAUUCACAGCCUGUAGAGUUUCCUGAUGUCCCCCACACUUACAUUGCAAGCUAUUACGGUGGCCUAUCGGAGUCCAAAAGCUUCCUUUUAGAUUUGACCGAGGUUCUGUGCAAGGACUUUGUCUUUCAAAAAGCCAUAGAAGCUCUGAUGGACUCGCACGACAUAAACAAGACUCUUUUUCUUUGUAAUAAACUCGGGAGGCCUCUUCACUUCACUGUUUGUGAGGAAAUAAGGGAUAGUUUAAAUCAAGGCAGGCAAACUGUCAACAAGAUCAGCUUUGCAAUGGAAGUCCUCAUUAAACUUAGAGCAGCAACGAUAGCUGAACUGAAAAGAAUAAAGGAAGACAUUUUCAACGUUUGUCAAAAUGCUCGUCGCUCAAAAAUGGCCGGCGCAAUCACAUCUCUUGUUGGAGGUGGACUAGCCGCUAUUGGAUUUGGAUUGAUUCCAGUCACUUUUGGAGGCUCUGUAGCACUAUCUGUCCUAGGAGCAGGAGUUGGAGUAGCUGGUGGGGCAGUAUCUAUAGCUUCUACUGUUACAGACAAAGUAAUGUCUAAAGGAAAGCUCAAACAGGCUCAAGCGGUAAUAAACAUUGAUAGACAGCUAACGGAGCAAGUGAAUGAGCUUUUUGAGAGGCUUCAGACGAUCAUUGAAUCAAUUCAAAGGAAGGAGCCUGGAACUACUAGAGAGAAAGCAAUAGCUCUGCUAUUACAAGGACAUCAGCUGGUGCGUGUUGGUGCAGUCGCUGUCCGUGGCGCUCAAAUCACUCGUACGGUUAUCCAAGGAAGUGUUUUUGCUCUUAAAGUGGCAGGCCCUGCAGCACGGGGUAUUGCUGUGGUUGGAGGCGUUGCUGCUGUACUGACGAUACCACUGGAUUUAUACGAAUUGAUUUCAAAUUCCGUCAAACUCUACAAGAAAUCCGACACCGAAGCAACGAAGUGGUUUGACGAACAGCUUGAGUCUUUAGAGGCACAGCAGAAAGAAAUAGAACAGAUGAACCAAGAGCUUAAGAGAGAGAACUGUCCUGAAACUGAAGUAUAAAUUACGAGUCAAAGCCAAACUACUAGAAACUAUGAUUUUUGCAUUGUUUGCAUGAUCAAAAUUGAUAUUAUUGUUAGUAGUAUUUAUUUUGUAUUAUUUUUAUUUCACUUGGCAAAAGUAAAUUAUUGAGAGUUGUAAUUAAAUCAA